AUGUUCGAGUCUCCUCUGAAACAGGCAGUCCCAUUUAUGGUUUGGUAUUUUGGCAGUAUGAAGCCAAUUCCACGAAAUUCCCCUUGGAAGAAAUCUCCUGGCAUGGGUGAAGAGAAAGUGCAGUGGUUGCCUGUUGUUCGAGAUCAACUCGUACCACGAAUCAAAUCACAUUUGCUGCCACCGAAGUCGCUGAGCGAUGCAGUCGUCUGUCUGGCCGAUCUUCAUGAUCUCUACAAAGUCUUCGAAAGAUGCUAA